CUUAUUUGUAUUCAAUCCGUGCCGGUGCACGGCCGUGCAUUCUGAUGUGUUGAAUAUUUCUGUUUUUGAUUUCAAUGUAAACAAUAUUGUUUGUGCUGUUGUGAUUUUAGUGAUAGACAAUGGUUUGUUGAAGAUAGAAGGAUUUUUGUAAAAUUAAAGUGAAAAAAUUUGUGGUACGUUAUGUGAUGGCAUAAAACACUGGGAUAGAAAUAUAUAUCUAGGAGGUUGUUUGCAGGAUAAUUAAUUCCACCCCUAAUAAAUUGAAUACAGAAAAUAAUAAACUAUGGCUCCUAGUAGCAAUAAUAGCCCAAAGCAGGGGCUGCGUUCUUCUUGUAGUCUUCGUUCAAAUCCAAGUGAUGCUUGGCCACCAGAUGAAGCUGUUCCCAAGGACCAUCAAAGACCACCAGUAUUUAAUCCAGAAGAUUAUGCAGUAUCCUUAAGAACUUGGGGAAAACGUCCUUCGACAACCAUUUCUCCAUUGUAUGUUCUAAGUUGUCCUUCUACACCAGAAGCACAAAGACAGGAGGAUACUAUCAGAUCUCAAACCUUGCCAAUUAAACAGAAGGACUAUAAAAGUCCUAUAACUGCACCUCCACCAGCCGAAUCUGAAAUGAAACUUCGACAGUUCGGAAGUGUUUCUGAAUUAUUGUCAAGAUUGCGAUGUGAUUUGCGAGAAUCGUAUUUAAGUUUUGUACAAGAAUUUGUCAGUGCUCCUAUGGAAGGUGUCUCAUUAUUAUUAGAAGUUUUGCGAGCGGUUCAGUUGAGCCACAGCGGCGGCAACAAACAGGCGAAAUCGCCUCAGCAGUACCGCGUCACUCCGGCCAUGCAGAGAAGGGCACUCCUCGACGAACUAACCUGCCUGCAAUGCCUACAACUCUGCUGCAGCAGGAGCUCAGAUGCAGCUAACAGACUUAGUGUUGCACAAGGCGGUUUGCUGCCAUUAGCCGCAUCGGCGACAGGACCCGCCGUGCGGGCCCGUCUGCUCGGCCUGCGCCUGCUGGCGUCCGCCUGCAGCGCCGAGGCGCGAGGUCAUCGGGCAGUAGACGAAGCUCUCAGUACAUUAAGGUUGCAAUGCGGAGAACCAGUACGUUUCCGAUUAUUAGCUGGGAUGCUACAAAGUGGAGGUGGAAGCGGAGAAUUGCAGACAGCUGGCAUGGAGUUCAUAAACUCUUUUAUCGAAACGACAGGCAGUAUUCAACAAAGAUUAUAUUUGCAAUCAGAGCUUCAUCAAGCUGGGCUGGAACCUCAGUUAUUGCUUAAGAAUUGUACAAGUGGUCCCUGGUUAGAGCGUCUUCAGCAGGCAGUAAAACGCUGGGAGCGUGGCUAUAUCGACGUGGUGAGGCUGCAGGAGAGGGCUCUGACCAGCGAGCGCGAAGGUGCAGGACUCCGGGGUAGAGUUAGCGCCCUGGAGAGACGUAUCAAAGCGCUACAGUCUGAAAAGGAGGACCUGCAAAGAUUGUGUGCUCAAUUACAAAUGAAUAAUGGUUCUUCAGUCCAAGAUUUGACAAAAUCAGUUUUAAAUAUCACAACAUCACCGAUUAAGAGACGUCAACUAUCAAAUCACGAGGAUGAAGGUAUAAGCAGUUCAGAGGCCGAAAGAUCUUUGUCACCUGAUGAUAACACAGGUAUUAUAAGAGUGCAGACUCCAAACAACAAAUGCCACAUCAAUGUAACUGAUGAAGAAGAAGCCACCAUCGAAGAUGUAAUCGAGGAACUACACAAUAUUGUCAGUGAUGCCGAAAGAAAUCCAAGUUGGGGUACGAAACAAAUACCGAAUAAAAGACCUUCAAAUGGCGUUCACUUGGAAAAGACAAGUCCAUCUUUCAGCAGGGUAACUAUAUCCUACACCAGCGAAUCUCCUCCAGAACUACCUCCCAAAGAAAAGAAAAGUCUAUCCAACCAACUAUCCAAUGAGGAAAUUCCUGAAGCAGCCAUCGUCCCUGCCUGCAUUCUGCCCAAUCCACCAAGAAAAACCAGACAUGACAAAUUCAGGAGCAGGCAUUCCAGCGAACUGUUUUUUGAUGCCGAUGCCAUAAUGGACGACAUGAGUGAUGGAACUUCUGAUUCUUUACUCAGUGCUUCCAGAUGCAUUCCAAUCCAGGAAUUUUAUAAGGAAAAUAGAUCUUAUAAUAGCGAUUGUAACAGGGAACGAAAUAGGGAGACCAGGAGACGUAGUAAGAGCGUUGAUAGUAUUGUUCUGGAUGGUGUGGAUGGUAUAGUUGAUAUAGUUCUGACUUCUAAUGAAACUUCAGGAAGUCGCCCAAUGUUUUUAGAUAGUAAUAGACGUCGACCUGGUGGAUUUAUGUUUAAACGACAGGUUAUGAAUGCAGGUAUGUAUUCAGAUACUGCCAUCAAUCAUGAUCCGCCAUCCAAAAUUAUGGAUCACCCGUCAGGAUUAUAUUAAUUACAUAGAGUAGAUCAGAUGUACUGUAAGCAAUAGAUUGAGAGUUUCAUAUAUAUUGAGGAAACUGUUAGUUCUGUAUAGUUUUAUAUAUAUAU